UCGAUUGAAAUUUCGUUUUGGUUCGGAGGAAUUCUUAUUUCCAUACUGGAACGGCUGCAACGGAGCGGCGAUUCCGAUAGACCAUUCCGGACGGAUUUACUGCGAAUUUCUUUUCUGAAACCCCCAAAACCGGGUCGGUGCAUCCGAUGAGCAAAUUCUGGGUAGUGAAGAUAACAUAAGAGAGGGAACAGCCAGCCUAGGUAUCUACGUGAUAAUUUGCUAUAAAAUAGUAAUGAAGCGGCCGGAUCGGUUGCACUUAUGAAAAGUCUUCCCCCCGAGAUUAGUUUGUUGGCUACAAAGCGCGGGUGCCGGUGUGAGGUUUGUUAUCUCUCUGUCAGAGUGUCUCCGCUGCGACUUGAACUAAGGGCGGAAAUUGGUUCUUCUGUCGCGUCGAGUCAAGGUGUCGCCUGGCAAGCGUUUAGUUUCGCGUAGCGCGUAGCCUGUUUUAGGAUUCAAGUGCUAAUACUGUAAUUAUUACCAGUUGUGUGUACACUAUAAUUUAGUUUCAAAUUGGUUGCAAAGCGCGUUAGACGUAGGCCUCUAAAAUGUCGCAAGUAGACGUGAUUGGAAUCUCGGGCGAUCGGGUGUGUAUCGAUGAAGCUAAGAUCCUAGAAACGAUGCUCAAAGUUCGCUAUGAACAUGCCAAAAAUACCAGCAAGGAUUACUCUCAUUUGUUCAGAACAAAAACCAAAUGGGAACUACUCAGGAUGACGGCGAUCUUCUUCGGGAAUCAGCUGGCAGUUGCUGCGGAAACCACUUUUGCAUCUCCAAUUUUGCGAAGGACCGGCCUUAGCUACACCUUCACAACGAUGGCGUGGGCCAUAGCCCCGGUUCUAGGGUUCUUCCUCAUUCCCUGCAUUGCCACCCUAAGUGAUCAGAAUCGAUUAUCGUGGGGUCGUCGAAAACCCAUUAUGCUGGCCAGCGGAAUUGGCUUAAUGGUCGGGCUGUUAAUGUUACCGUACGGCAAAACAUUGGGAUUAUUAAUCGGUGAUGCUAAUGUGCCGGUGAGUGAGAUGACCGGAUUUCGUUGGAGUAUUCUGCUAACGAUCAUUGGGCUGGUGCUGAUAGAUUUCAAUGCGGAAACUGCGAAUGCCAUCGGGAGAACGUACUGUAUGGAUAUGUGUUUGGAAGAUGAUCACUCGAAAGCUCUGACCGUAGCCGUUAUGAUUGGAGGCGUUGGAUCGAUGGCAGGUUAUCUCCUUGGAUCCAUCGACUGGUCCACGCUUAAUCUCAGGAACAUUUUCGAAUCGAAUGAAGCCACAGUAUUUGCAACAGUUUUUGUGCUGUUUUUCCUCUUCAUGCUUGUUACGUUGACCAGUUUUCGGGAAGUGCCACUGGCAGCAAUCGAGAAGGAUCACUUGCUGAGACCGAUUUCGAGAACUACCCUGCAGCGGGAGCUAAGCCAAUCGCAAAAAGUCUACACCCUGGAGAAAAUUGAAAAUGGCCGCUCGGAAAAGUCAGGAGAAGAUCUUAGCUUCAAAAGGUUAUUGGAGAACAUUGUGCGCAUGCCGAAAGCACUGAGAAGGUUGUAUUUUACCCAGUUCAUGCUGAACUUGGCGUUGCUCAGCUUUACCAUAAACUUCACGCACUUUGUGGGAGAUGAAAUAUUCAACGGCGAUGUAUCGGCAGCUGAAGGAUCCUUGGAGCUAGAAAAAUAUAACGAAGGCAUCCGAUUCGGAUCCCUGGGAUUGGCGUUUUUGGUACUUGUCUCUUCUGUUUUUUCGAUCAUUAUCGGAGCACUUCUAAAGUUUAUCAAGGCAAAAUACUUCCUCAUCGGAGCGUUGCUACUCAACAGCAUAGGGAUGCUAAUGAUGACAUUCGUGAAAAAGAGGUACAUGAUUUUUGUGGGAUGCACAACUGCCGGAAUAUACUAUGCUGCCAUCUUCUCGAUUCCUUUCAUUUUAUUGGCACAUUACCAUACAAUCAAUUCGUUCGAACGAGCUGAUGGUAAACUUGUACCAAACAAGCAGAAAAGAGGCCUCGGUACAGAUGUUUCAAUACUCAGUAGUAUGUUUUAUCUUGCAUUGUUAAUAGUCUCUCUGGCCCUCGGAAGCCUGGUGGAUUAUUUCGGUACCUCAAGUGUGGCCUUAUACUCAGCAAGUCUCUUCUCAUGUUUGGCAGCCAUUUCUGCGUCUCGGUUAAUAUAUCUGGAUCUGUAAUUUGUGAACUGUAUUUCCAAGAA